CUUAACUUCGCUUUUUAAACUGUAGAUGUCUCGUAGCGCUUUAGAAUCCGGUAUCAUGGAUGGAGACACGGAGCAUGACAAAGUUGAAGCUGUCGUGUGCUCCCACGUUGAAGAUGCUGUAACGUUUUGGGCACAGGAUGUCAGUAAAUGUAAUGACCUCUUGAAAUUAAGUUGUGAUCUGGCAGAAGCUUGUCCUCAGGCUAAUGCAGUUUUUGGCAAACCUGAUUUUAGCAAGAUUUAUGGUGGGUGUUUUUCUGAAGAUGGAUGUUGGUACAGAUGUAUGGUAGAGCAAGUGAUCAACAAUGAAAAGUGCCAGGUAUUGUACAUUGACUAUGGGAAUUCUGAGGUUCUGAAUAGAUCAGACAUAGUUGAAAUUCCACCAAACUUGCAAUGUCCAGGUGUUGCCAAGAAGUACAGACUCUGGGGACUGCAGAUACCAACUGGUCAGAGCUUAAACAUGUUUGACGAGGGGAAGAAGUUCUUGAGCAGACUCAUUUUUGAAAAAGAAAUAAAAAUACGUCACAAAGACAAGCAUGAAGAUGGGACCAUUAUUGCCCAGGCAGAAUAUGAAAAUAUAGAUAUUGGAAAAGAGGUGGUCAAGGCAGGGUUUGCUGAAGAAUGCACGUCUUCAGGAAACACUAAAGAUGUGGAGGAAAGAAAAGUAGAUGUCAUGCAAAACCAACAUAGGAAGACAAAAGUUCCAGCUCGGCCGUGUGUAAGGAGAUCACGUUCUGAUCAUGCACUGGACAGCAUCCCAAGAAGGCGCCGUGACCCAGUAGCUGCCAGCACAAGGAAUCAGCAUUUUUCUGGAAACCGUGUGUUUGCCCCAAAGGGAGAAAUGCUAGAUUCUGCCUCAGUGCCAGACACCAGGUUAGCACAGAAACUGUUUGAAGACAAAGAAGUUCUCAGAAGUGAGGAUAAGUAUCUCUUGCAGAGGCAGAAGGAACUGGAACUGAAGGUUCAAGAGCUGGAAUGUGAACUUGAGAGAGAGAAGGAAGCAUCCAGGAAGACUGCUGCAAAGUUUGAGGAAACCCUGGAUACUUACAUUGGAACAAAAAUGAGAAGUUUGGCUGCUAAGGUGAAGGCAUUGAAAGAAGUUAGGCACACAAAUAAGAACAGUCGUUUUAGGGAGCAGCUCUCGGAAUCCAUACAAGUAGUUACAGAGGGACGUCUCACUGUUCCGUGUUCCUUGGAAAAAUUGCAGAAGAUUUGGACAGAGUAUGACUUGGCUCAAGAGAGGAUUCGGUUAUGCAGAAAUGUGGAUGGAAUAGAUGAAUUGAUUGCCAAGAGAGAUGAGGUGCAGCAGAACUUGUAUUCAGCUGCGGAAGAAUUAAUUUUGGAAGUGGAUCAACUGCCCCUCUCUGAGCGCUCAAGAACCUUACAGGAACUCUCUGCUUCUCUGGAGAUGGUGUAUGGUCAAGGUUCUGCAGCAGAUGACUUGGAGGAUGCAUUUCAACAGUUCUUUGAGUGGAAGAGUGUUAAAAUGAAGAAAUUAAUUUGUGUCAGACAGGAUACGGACAUAGCUCUGGAAAUUCUUGCUGACUGGUUUAGCACCAUCUUAAAGUGUUUUGACCUGAUGUCAGAAGCAUCUUCAGAUUUAGAGGAAGUGGUUAGCAAUGCAGAUGAAAUUCUCAAAAAGGUUGAGUUGGCUAUUUGUGAAGAACUGGAUACUGACUUAAAUGAGCCUGAUGAAGCAGAGAAGGGAAUAAUUAUGAAUGCUUACAAUAAAGUUAUAUAUCAUGUUCGUCAGGAGCAAAGUAUGAUCACUGUCAUACAGAAUAGAUACUUGGCCAGUGUUGAGUUCAAACAACGUGCAGAGGAAUGGCUGAAUAGAAGACCUGAUAUUAACAACUUAUUAUCAAUUAAGAAAACUAUGAAAAGCUUAAAGGCCCAGUUAAGGUGGAAGCUGGUUGAAAAGAACAACUUUGAGGAAUCUGAUGAUUACAGUGAGUUUGAAAUGACAGGAAUAAAAGAGGAAAUUGCUCAUCUGCGAAAUAGGGUUCUUCAGGAAAUAUCCAAGGAACAAGAGGAAUAUGAGAAGCUUACUUAUUUGGUACAGAAAUGGUUCCCUGAGUUACCACUUCUUUAUCCAGAAGCAGGAAUUCUAAACUAUAUGAACUUUGGUGGACUUCUGACACACAGCCUGGAGCGAGACCUUUUGGAUGUAGAGCCCAUGAAGGAGCUGAGCACGAAGCGACCUUUGGUGUGUUCAGAAAUUCGGGGCCAGAAGGUUCUUUUAAAGGGAUACUCUGUAGAUGUAAGCUCAGAAGCCAAAGUGAUAGAAAGAGUUGCCAAAUAUCACAGAGCUUGGGAUCAGCAGAAAGAGAAAUCUGGAUUAUUACAGCUGUUGUUUCUUCUUUUCUGCAAGUCUGAUCCUUUGAUAUAUUUAAUGGUCCCGUACUAUCCAGGAGCAAGUUUGGGAGCUUUACAGGCUAAUGCACCUUUGUCUUUAGAAGAGGCAUUAAAAGUGAUGAAAGGAGUGGCCCAAGGUCUACAAACGUUGCAUGGAGCUAAUCUAGUACAUGGAUCUCUGCAUGGAAAUAAUGUUUUUGCUGUGGAUCGAAAACAAGGAAUUGUGGGAGACUUUGAUUUCACAAAACCAGAGGAACAGCGUGCUGCUGCAAACACUAUGGUUGUUGGUACCCUGAGCUUAGUUUCUCCUGAACUGAAGAUGGGGCAGCCAGCUUCUCCAGCCUCUGACAUGUAUGCGUAUGGCUGCCUUCUCUUCUGGCUUUGCGUUCAAAACCAGGAGUUUGGCAUCAAAGAAGAUGGAACACCUGAGGUGGAUGCAGUUGUCAUGGAUGAUAAAGUUAAAUCUCUUCUCCUGAAUUUGUUCUGCUGUAACAGACUGACAGCUGAGCAGGUGCUGAGGGACGAUUGUUUCCUCACAGUUGAUGUGAUUCCAGUUUCACCACAUCCAGGUGAAGAGCAUGAGCCACGAGAAGAACACGAUUCUGAGAAGACAGAUGAAAAAAAAAUGUAAUUACCUGAGGUGAAUGGAGCAAACCCUACUCAAUACAUGAGGAACUUUUCCAUCAGGUGUUUGAUUGAGACUUCUGUUUUUGUUUGGCUUUGAAAUCAUUGCCCUGAUCUGAAAUCUCAAAAAUAUAAAAGGUUUGGUAGGUGCAGUCAUGUUUUGUGAUUGCACGAUCUUCACUGUGAUUCAAGUACAUUUUAUUCCAAAUAAGUGCGGGUAUAAGUGUGGUGUUACUGAUCGUGUUCUUUGUCAGCCUUUUUCUUUGUCCGUUACAUAGGCUUUAAAUUUACAGGGAAUAGUUGUUAGAUGCCAGAGAUCUUUAAGAUGAAGCUUUAGUGACUUGUUUUUGUAUCCAGUUUUCUAUCACUCCUCUUGCUGUGAUUCCAGAGAACGUGUUCCUCUUAAAGAUGCUCUAGGGCAUUACCUUCUUGCUGGAGGUUUUUUGUUACUGCAUAAACAAGUUGUUCCUACAGCAACUGCCUUUUUUAAGGAAAAAAGAAAAGAAAAAAUACUGCUUUGACAACUGGAAAAGGAAACAGCAGUGUGCCUCUUCUGUCUUUCUGCAUUUGAAAGAUGCAGUUGGCUUUCUAGGGAGCAGGCAUCCUUCUAGUUGCUCCUUUGCAGUGCUGCUGCCAACCAAAAUGCUAUGCACACACGUUUGCAAAAACUGCUGCUUAUUUGCUCUACAUAAGUGUAUGUAUAUAUCAUCUGUUCUAAAACACUGCUCGCGAUAGCUGUAAAGGUGUGAUUUUCUUGAGUGAGUUUGCCUGCAGCACCUUGCUGUUAAUGUUACCAUUGAAGGAGUUUUGUCAGCUCUUUAUUUUUACAGGAAAUAGUCGCUUAUCUUUAUGAAGGUUUUCGUUUCUUCUUGGAAAGAAACGGGUCAAAAAUGUGCAGAGUUGCUGUAGCAAUAUAUUUAGCCUCUGGGUGUUGCUCUUGGACAGCGCUGUUAGCAGACUAGAGUUUUGUAGAGGAAUUAUUGAAGAUGCACGUUGUCAGAUGAGGGAUGUAAAAAUGUAGUAUGUAAUGGGCAUGAAGCAGCACCAGGGGACUUGGGGAAUGCGUGGUUACAACAAUACAGUCCACAGUGGAUAGAAGAUACCACCUUGGCAUAUAUACCUCUGAUUUGGUUUUCCAGCCUUAAACCAUGCUAUAUAUUUUUAGCAUGUAAGAUGCUUAAUCCUUUUUUCAUUAAAUGAUUAAUGACUCUACUAGUUUAUAUGUGUAUAACCAAGGAGAGCAAAACCUUUUGUAAAAAUAUUUUUUUUGUAGAAUUUUUAGUGUAAUAAGUAUUUUCGUUAUAGAAAUCACAGAAUAAUAUUUUCUUUUUUGUCAACGAAAAUAAACACUUCAGCAAUUUUGUGGGGUGCUUUCCAAAUAUUGAUUGCAGUCUUUCACUGUUAAUAAAAGGCUAACUUUAAUUUGAAUUAGUUACACAUUGAAUAGAGGUUAGAAGACUAACCUGAUGGUUUGGGUUGUGCAGUGUCAUGUAUAUUGGAAUAAAUUUUUGCCCAGUUUUCCUGCUCCAGAGUCCAUGCAACCUAAAGUGUACUUGUUAAAUCCCCAAAUUGCUAACCUUUUUUUGGUUUUCUGAAACCAGAAGUCUUGUGAUUAAAAAAAGUUGCAGUGUCUUCAAAAUAUCUUCACUAGCUGUAUGUAAUAUGAUUUUCACAGGUGGAACCUAGCACAUGAGUUUUUUAUUUUUUUUUGUAAAGAUACAAUAAAACUUGAAAU